GAAACGGAGGUUUAGGCCGUCAUUUGGGGGUUUAGCCGGCUAGCUUUGGGAACUGGCUUGAGAGAGAGAUGGGGAGGAGGAUACUGAACGAUGCGUUGAGGACAAUUGUGAAUGCAGAGAGGAGGGGCAAAGCGACGGUGGAAUUACGACCAAUCUCCACCGUCAUGUCUUCCUUUCUCAAGAUCAUGAAAUAUCGAGGAUACAUCAAGAAUUUUGAGGUUUAUGAUCCUCAUAGAGUGGGGAGGAUAACAGUUGAACUGCAAGGCAGGGUAAAUGAUUGCAAGGCACUCACUUACAGGCAGGACAUCAAAGCAAAGGAUAUUGAAAAGUACACAAAACUUAAACUUCCAACACAUCAGUGGGGUUAUGUUGUGAUUUCAACUCCAGAUGGUAUUUUGGAUCAUGAAGAAGCCAUCAGUAGGAAUGUGGGUGGGCAGGUUCUUGGUUAUUUUCAUUAGACUUGUCUGUCUUUCUACGCUCUUUUAGAUGGGGAAAAAGAGAAGACUACUACUUUAAGCUCUGGGUUAUCUGUGAACUUUCAUUCAAUAUUUAUCUGAAUUUUGUAUCAUUAAAUAUCAAAUGCUGGAAUGUAACUUUUGGAUUAAUGCCUCAAUUAGUUCUGAUUUUUGUAAUAAUUGAACUACAAAAGCAAACCUUGCUCUUUUUGCAGAGAAAAGUACUUUUAGCUACUGUCAUUUUUUCA